CAUGCGUUCGGAUUCAGCAACAGGGGGAUAUUUUACUGUAGUGGGGAGUAAACAGUGAGUGAACCAUGGCACCAACCGUUAUACUUUUAUCUUUGUUAACUUUUAUUGUUGUUUUAGUUGGAGGAGUCACUAAUUCACAUUCUCUUAAAAAAUCACAUAAUUUAAAUGACACACGGACAACAUCUGCAACUGGAAGUGCGAGAACCGGCACUUAUGCAAACAUCUCACCUACUAAGGUAAGCAGAUUCUCCAAGACGAUCAAAUCCACUGAUGCGACUUCCAGACCUCUGAAACCCACUGAGGGUAGCACCAAAUCUCUGAAAACCACGACAUUUAAACCCAAGCAAACCCAGGCGACCACCAGACCUCUGAAACCCACUGAGGGUAGCACCAAAACUCUGAAAACCACUACAUUUAAACCCAAGCAGACCCAGGCGACCACCAGAGCUCUGAAACCCACUACAGUUAAGCCAUUGAAGUCAAAGAAACCCUCGACAACUCUGAAGCCCACCUUGAAAUGGACUGAGGUGAGCACGAAAGCCCUGAAACCAACAACAGUGAAGCCAACAGUAACAGCCACAAGGACGACGACCAGCCCAGUGCGCUUCCACUCAGAGGACCUGAAUGAAAACAUUGAUAAAAACGUGGAACGGAGAGUUUGGCAUAAAAAAGAAAGUGAAGAACCACCGUUAUUUGAGUGUCCUCCUUUGGGUCUGGAGUCGUUGAAAGUUAAGGACUCACAGAUUCAAGCCUCCUCUUAUAAGCGCAUGGGCCUGGGGCCACACAGGGGCCGACUCAACAUACAGUCUGGUGUGGAGGAUGGGGAUAUCUAUGACGGAGCUUGGUGUGCCCAGUAUAAAGAUCAGAACCAAUGGUUACAGGUAGAUGCCAAGAAGCUCACACGGUUCACAGCAGUGAUACUACAGGGUCGCAGCUCUAUAUGGAGCUGGGACUAUGUAGAAACCUACAAAGUUCAGGUUAGCAAUGACACCAUUAAAUGGAAGCCAUGCAUGAACGGGUCAGAAGAGGCGGUGUUUGAGGGGAACAAGGACACCGAAACGUCCGUCUUGGCCAUUUUGCCCAAACCAGCAGUGGCACAAUACAUACGUAUUAACCCUCAGACCUGGUUUAAGAAUGGGACCAUCUGCCUGAGAGCUGAAAUCAUGGGCUGUGAGCUGCCAGAUCCAAACAAUAUCUACCCUUGGCAAGCUGAGGAAGGCACCAAGGACAAACUGGACUUCAGACAUCAUAACUACAAAGAGAUGAGGAAGCUCAUGAAGUCUGUGAAUGAGAUGUGUCCUGAUAUCACCCGCAUUUACAGCAUUGGCAAAAGCUACAUGGGCCUUAAACUGUAUGUGAUGGAAAUCUCAGACAAUCCAGGCAAACAUGAGCUGGGUGAACCUGAGUUCCGCUAUGUGGCCGGGAUGCAUGGAAACGAAGUGCUCGGGAGGGAACUACUGCUCAACCUGAUGGAGUACAUUUGCCAGGAGUACAAACAGGGAAAUCAGCGCAUAGUUCACCUAGUCAAAGAGACACGCAUCCAUCUUCUGCCCUCGAUGAACCCUGAUGGCUAUGAAAUGGCUUACAAAAAGGGUUCAGAGCUGGCCGGAUGGGCACUGGGUCGCUAUAGCUAUGAAGGCAUUGACAUGAAUCACAACUUUGCAGAUCUGAACACAGUGAUGUGGGACGCCAUCGAGCUAGAAACAGACAAGUCAAAACUAAUCAAUCACUACUUUCCCAUUCCAGAGCACUACACUUCAGAAGAAGCUUUGGUGUCUCCAGAAACGAGAGCCGUCAUCAGUUGGAUGCAAACUAUACCGUUUGUUCUCAGCGCUAACCUGCAUGGAGGAGAGCUGGUGGUCACGUACCCGUUUGACAUGACCAGAGACUGGGCCCCUAAAGAGCACACGCCCACCCCCGAUGACAGCUUUUUCCGCUGGCUGGCCACCGUUUACGCCAGCACCAACCAUGUGAUGUCCAACCCAGACCGAAGGCCCUGCCACAAUGAAGACUUCCUUCGUUACAAUAACAUUAUUAAUGGAGCGAACUGGCACACCGUACCAGGCAGUAUGAAUGACUUCAGUUACCUACACACCAACUGUUUUGAGGUGACCGUAGAGCUGUCCUGUGAUAAGUUCCCUCAUGCCAGUGAGCUGCCUAUAGAAUGGGAGAACAAUAAAGAAUCUCUCCUUGUCUACAUGGAGCAGGUGCACAGAGGAAUCAAAGGAGUGGUUAGGGACAAAGACACUGAAGCCGGCAUCGCUGAUGCCAUCAUCAAAGUGGAUGACAUUGACCAUCACAUAAGAUCAGCUUUUGAUGGGGACUUCUGGCGUCUGUUGAACCCGGGUGACUAUGACGUCACAGUGACCGCAGAGGGAUAUUUCCCAGCCACUCGAAGUUGCAGGGUCGAGUACGAGCAUUACCCUACUAUCUGCGACUUCCAACUUACCAAGACACCAAAACAGCGGCUGAGAGAGAUCUUGGCCAAGGGAGGCAAGAUUCCCAAAGACCUGCAGCUCCGACUGCGCCAGCUGCGUAUGCGGAAACUGCGUGUUAGUACUAAGCUUAUUAACCGACGCAGGCAGUCACAGCAGCGGAGGGCUAGGGGGGCCCACAACUAGACUGACCUUUAACUUUUGACCUGUUUUGCCGGCCAAGUACAGGAUUAGACUGUAUCGAUGUCUAGGGCAAAUAUAAUUUAGAUGGGCCUGUAAAUAGGUUUCCCUUUUAUGUGGUGGUAACAUACAUUGUGUAUUAUACAUUUGAGGAGCAGAUAUAUGAUGCAGUGUAAAUUAAAUUUCACCCAAAAAUGCCUCAAAGCUGUUUUAUACUUUUAUACAAGACAUUGAUAAUAACAAUUACAAAUAUACCAUUGUUGGAGUGUUUGAUAGCUAAUUUGUGCCCACAUUUGUGCAAAGAGGUGCAAAUACGUCUCAGUCUGGAACUGAUGUUUUGUCAAUUUGUUUCCUUAGCUGUAUAGUGUUUAUAUUUUAAGUUUAACCUUGAAAGUUAUCUUGACAUCUUUUGAAAUAUACUGAAGAAUUAUUUAAUGAU